CUGUUAUUUGUGUCUUCAGUGUAAGAUCAGGCUCACAUGUGUCCAACUCUGUGUCUGUGAAGAGUGACCGGUCAAAAGAUGACAUGCCAAACUUCAGUGAGACAAAAACAAAAUCAAAUAAAAUGUUUCAAUAUAAGACAUUAGAAUCUGACCUCCAUCCUCAAAGGAGCUGCAAUAAUUUCAAAGACCUCCAGUGCAUCUUUCAGGGGCUUGAGAGCAAAAUGUUCAACUUUCUGAAGAAAGAGUUGGAAAAUUUUAAGAAAAUCUUACAAAAAGGAAACUCACAAUACCUUGUAAAGGACUUUCAUAAGAACAGAUGCAGCAUCAGAGAAGCAGUUCUUGAUCUUACACUCUACUUCCUGAGAGAAAUGAAGCAAGAUGAAGCAGCAGAUACUCUAGAAGAUGAGCUGUUCUUCAUUCAUCAGCUGAAAUGUGGUCUACAGAAGAAGUAUCAGUGUGUGUUUGAAGGAAUUGCACAGCAAGGAAACUCCACACUCCUGAAGAACAUCUACACAGAUCUCUAUAUCACUCACGGUGGCAGUGAACAGGUCAAUACUGAACAUGAGGUCAGACAGAUUGAAGUUACUUCCAGACGUCACAAAGCUCAAGAGAUACAGGUUGAAUGCAGAUAUUUGUUUGAAGCAUCUGAACAAGACAAGCAGAUCAGAACUGUCCUGACAAAAGGAGUCGCUGGCAUCGGGAAAUCAGUCUCUGUGCAAAAGUUUGUUCUAGAUUGGGCUGAAGGAAAAGAAAAUCAAGAGAUCAGCUUCAUAUUUCCUCUUCCAUUCAGAGAGAUGAACCUAAAGAAGAAAGAAAAACUCAGUUUGAUGGAGCUUAUAACUCAGUUUUUCCCAGAAACAAAAGGACUGAACCUUACAAGAAGGAAUCGAUUCAAAGUCCUGUUCAUCCUUGAUGGAUUGGAUGAAUGUCGUCUUCCUCUGAACUUUGCUGAUAAUGAGACGUGUCGUGAUGUUUCGUCACCAGCCUCUCUGGAUGUUCUCCUGACAAACCUCAUCAAGGGAAAUCUGCUUCCUUCUGCUCUCAUCUGGAUCACCAGCAGACCAGCAGCUGCCAGUAAGAUUCCUCCUGACUGUAUCGACCGGCUGACAGAGAUACGAGGAUUCAAUGAUGCACAAAAGGAGGAGUACUUCAGAAAAAGACUGACAGAUGAGAAUCAGGCCAAAGAAAUCAUUGAUCAUGUUAAACAAUCAAAGAGUCUCUUCAUCAUGUGCCACAUCCCAGUCUUCUGCUGGAUUUCAGCCACUGUUCUCCAGAACAUUUUACAGGAGAAGAGAAAUAAUGAUGUGAAAAACAAUCAGGCUGAUGACGCCUCCAAAACACUGCAGGAAUCAAACACUGAAGACACUCCCAAGACUCUGACACAGAUGUACACACACUUUCUGCGAUUUCAGGUCCAGCAGAGCAGACGAAAGUAUGAAGGAGAAUACACAACAGAUGUGUCCUGGGAUAAAGACGCCAUCCUGUCACUGGGGAAACUGGCAUUUCAUCAGCUGCAAAACAGCAGCCUGAUCUUCUAUGACACAGACCUGAAAGCCUGUGGUAUUGACGUUCAUAAGGCCUCAGUUUACUCAGGCAUGUGUACCCAGAUCUUUAAGGAGGAAACAGGGAUUGUUGUUGGUACCAUGUACUGCUUUGUUCACUUGAGCAUUCAAGAGUUUAUUGCAGCCAUUUAUGCACAUCUGAUUCUGAAGAAAAGUGUGUUUGAUCAAGACUCUAGAAACAAAAAUGAGUCCAUGAUUGAUUUUCUCAAGACUGCAGUGGACAAGGCACUUAAGAGUGACAAUGGACAUCUGGACCUUUUCCUUCGCUUCCUUCUCGGUCUGUCUCUCCAGUCCAAUCAACAACUCUUACGAGGCCUGUUGACACCGCAAGAGCACAGUAACACAUGGAACAUAUGGAAAAUACGUCAGUACUUCUUUAGAACAGCAGAUCAGCUGCAAGACCACAAUGACCAGAUCAAAGAGGAAAUAGUUCAGUACAUCAAGCAGAAGUUUGAAGCAAAUCUUUCUCCAGAGAGGUCCAUCAAUCUGUUCUACUGUCUGAAUGAACUGAACGACCAAACUCUUGUGAAAGAGAUUCAGACUCACCUUAGCACAGGAAGUCUUUCAUCUGCUGACCUUUCACCUGGCCAGUGGUCUGCUUUGGCCUUUGUGUUGUUGACAUCAGAGGAGGAGAUGGAGGAGUUUGAGCUUCAGAAAUUCAAGAAAUCAGACGAGUGUCUCAUCAGACUAUCAGCAGUCAUCAAAACCUGCAAAAGAGCUCUGCUCAGUAAAUGUAAUCUAACAGAGGAAAGCUGUUCAGCUCUUGCUUCAGUUCUUAGAUCAGACUCCAGCAGUCUGAAGGAUCUUGACCUGAGCAAUAAUAAUCUGCAGGAUUCAGGAGUGAAGCUGCUCUCUGAUGGACUGAAGCACAGUAAACUGGAGAAACUCAGUCUUUCAGACUGCAGUAUCAGUGAAGAUGGUUAUAAAGCUCUGGCUUCAGCUCUGAAAUCAAACCCUUCACACCUGAUAGAGCUGGAUCUCAGAGGAAAUGAUCCUGGACAAUCAGGAGUGAAGGAGCUUCUUGAUGUCCGACAGGAGCUAAACCAUAAUUUACAAUUGAGAUUUUUGGGUCCUGAUGCACAGAAAGCCUUCACAGAUUUGACUAAUAUUCUCAAUGAAAACCCUUUACUGCUGAGAAAGCUGAAUCUGAGUGAACAUAAACUAGUCCCAAAACUGAAGGAACUUGCUCCUCUACUGGCAGAUAAACACUGUAAAAUAAACACACUCACUCUGAAUAGCAACAACAUAUCAGAAGAAGACUGCCAUUUACUGAAAGCAGCCUUGAAUUUAAACCCUUCAAAUCUGAAAGACCUGGAUUUGAGUAAAACUAACCUUGGAGACUCUGGAAUGAAGAUAUUUUCAACUUUGUUUGAGAAUCAACAGUGUAGACUGGAAAAGCUGAAUUUGAAUGGUGUCAGUAUUGGAGAAGCAGGUUGUGCUGCUCUGGCUUCAGCGUUUAAUUUAAACCCCUCAAAGGUGAAAGAGCUGGAUCUGAGUAGGAACCAGUUAGGAGAUUCUGGAGUGACACAAAUCUCUGCUCUGUUGGAAAAUUCACAAUGCACACUGCAGAUACUCAGAAUGUCAGACUGCAGUAUCAGUGAAGAAGGUUAUAAAGCUCUGGCUUCAGCUCUGAGAUCAAACCCUUCACACCUGAUAGAGCUGGAUCUCAGAGGAAAUGAUCCUGGACAAUCAGGAGUGAAGGAGCUCACUGAUUUACUACAGGAUCCUCUGUGUAAAGCAAACCUGAGUCAAACACCCCUCAAAAUGUCUACUAAAGAUGCAAAGAAUUGA